UAACUGAAAAUCCCAAAAAAAAAAAAACCACAUGGGAGUGCACGGUCUCUGGGAACUACUAGCCCCCGUGGGUCGCCGCGUGUCCGUCGAAACCCUCGCCGGAAAAAAGCUCGCCAUCGAUGCGAGCAUAUGGAUGGUACAAUUCAUGAAGGCGAUGCGAGACGAGAAAGGCGAGAUGGUUCGGAACGCACAUUUGUUAGGGUUCUUUCGCCGAAUUUGCAAGCUUUUGUUCCUCAGAACCAAGCCUGUUUUCGUCUUCGACGGCGCCACCCCCGCUCUCAAGCGCCGCACCGUCAUCGCCCGCCGCAGGCUCCGCGAUAAAGCCGUCGCUAAGGUCCGAAAGACCGCCGAGAAGUUGCUCCUCAAUCAGCUCAAGGCAAUGAAGCUGAAAGAACUAGCAAAGGAUAUUGAGAAGCAGAAGCAGAAGCAGAAGAAUGAUCCCAAGGGUGAGACAAUUUUGUCAGAUCAAAUCAACAUGGAGGGCAGUCAGUCAGAAAGGAAUGAUAGUGUUUCUGGGAGUCUCAAUCAGGAGAAGCUAGAUGAAAUGCUGGCAGCAUCUAUUGAAGCAGAGGAACGUAGGAGGUUUGCUAACAAUGCAUCGACAUCCUCUGCUGCUGCUGCUCUUCCUUCCGAGGAGGAGGAUGGCAGUGAUGAAGAAGUGAUGAUACUGCCACCAGAGCAUGGUGAAGUUGAUCCAGCUGUGUUAGCAGCUUUACCUCCAUCGAUGCAACGUGAUCUUCUUGUUCAGCUCAAGGGAAAGAAGAUGAAAAAUUUGACAGUGGAUGUUGAGAACCAGAGACAGAUGAAGGAUGAUGACUCCAAGGGUAAGAAGAUUUUGUCAGAUGAAAUUGAUGUGCUUGCUUAUACUCCAAACAAUGAUGAUCUGGUAUCGAGGAGUGACAAUCAGGAAAAGCUAGAUGAAAUGUUGGCAGCAUCUAUUGCAGCAGAGGAACGGGAUGUAGCUAACAAUGUAUCUGAAUCUGGUGCUCCUUUUGCUUCUGAGGAUGAGGAUGGGAAAGAAUAUGAAGACGAAGAUGAAGAUGAAGAUGAAGAAAUGAUGCUGCCUGCAAUGAAUGGUGAAAUUGAUCCAUCUGUUUUAGCUUCUUUGCCUCCAUCAAUGCAACUUGAUCUUCUUGUUCAGAUGAGAGAAAGAUUGAUGGCAGAAAACAGACAAAAAUAUCAGAGAGUCAAGAAGGAUCCUUCAAAGUUCUCUGAGCUGCAAAUACAAGCUUAUCUUAAAACUGUUUCUUUCCGUCGGGAGAUAGAUGAAGUGCAGAAAUCUGCUGCAGGGAGGGGAGUAGGAGGUGUACAGACUUCUAGGAUUGCAUCUGAAGCCAACAGAGAAUUUAUUUUCUCGUCAUCAUUUACUGGUGAUAAACAAGUUCUUACGUCAGCCAAAGCACAGAGAAAUGUAGAUAAGAAACAAGAUACACAGAGGGAGCGCCCUUCUCAAGAUUCAACCAAUAAUGUAGCAUCUACCAGUAAAUCUGAUACUGUGACUAGUUCAGUAGAGGGGCUCAAUGAAUCUAGAACGGUUUCUGAUGACAAUAUUGAGACAUUUCUGGAUGAGAGGGGGCGUUUUCGUGUCAGUAGAGUAAGAGCCAUGGGGAUCCGUAUGACCCGUGAUAUACAAAGGAAUUUGGAUUUGAUGAAAGAGAUUGAGAAUGAGAGUGCAAAUUUGAAGAAGAUUGCAAAUACUCGAACUAUGCUCAAUAGAAGUGAAAUUAGUCUCCCAGUAAGUUUUCCUGGUGAAGGUCAUUCUUUAGAAACUUCACAUGACAGAAAUAGUGAAUCUGUUGAUUUGAAUCAGAGAAAUGAGGAAUCCAUGUUAAAAAUUGAUUCUUCCAUAGAGAUAUCCUUUGAGGAUGAGGGGGAUAACAAAUGUCUUGAUUGUGAUGAUGAUCUAUUUGCUUGUUUAGCAGCUGUAAAUCCAGUAAGAAUCACUACUGACAACAUCCUGUCAAGGAAGCAACCUUCUAAUUCUGAUUCAGACUGUGACUGGGAGGAAGGAAUCAUCGAAGGGAAAGGUAACAAUUUUUCUAAUGAUGUUAGAGGGGAAAUUACGCCCUCCCUUGAGGAAGGUAACGUUAAUGAUGAGAGUGAGGUGGAAUGGGAGGAAGGAGUUUGUGACUUCCCUAAAAGCACCUCCUCUUGUCAAGCUGAAUCAAGAACAGUUUCUAAAGGUUGGUUGGAAGAAGAGGCUGAUAUGCAGGAGGCAAUAAGGAGGAGUCUUGAGUAUGCAGGGGAUAAGGAAACUAGUCUUAAUAUGCCUCAAUACGAGAACAUUUCCGCAGAAAAUGUUCAUGAAGGUAUUGGACUCUUUGAACAAAAAAACAAUAUGGUUAAGAAGCUUUUGCUGGAGGAGAAUGGAGCUAAAAAAAAAGAAUCAUUUUGUGAAAUUGUGGAUGGAGUGGAGAAGCCAGAUAAUGUGGCUGGAAUAACUGUCUCAGAAGCCAUUAAUUCUUCUGGGAGUCAGUCAAACUCAUCUGUGGCUUAUAAUUCUGAUCACUCCGGAAUGCUGAUAAAUAAGCCAUGUGAAACCUAUGUAGGUUCCUGUUCUGAACAAUCAACUCAAGAUGAAAGCAAGAAGGGGUGUUUGUACAGAAAAAUGCCUUGUGCUGAAUCUGUGACCCCUAUGGAAAAGGAGGCCCCUGUGAUUGCAGAACAACUUUUGGAUACAUUUAGUGCAGGUGCUAGCUUAUCUACUUUUCCUAACAGGGGUUCAGAGGGUAGUUCUCAUAUUGCUGAUGCCAUAUCUGGUGCCAAUACCAAUAGCAUUCGCAUUGGUGAUAAGAUAAAUGACACUGAAGCUGAACCAAUACAUUUUAAUGAUGAGGCUGACCCUGCCUUUCCUCUGAAGAAGUUAUCCACAAAAUACUUAACAAAUGACAUUGAUUUUCCGCAGAAGUUGGCUGCAGAAAAUAAAUAUGACAAUCAUGCUGAGGAAAGGGAGCAAAACAAGGGAAAAGAUCCCUUUGAGGUAAAUGAAAAUUUGCAGUUUGAAGUCGCAGAGGCUAAUUUGGAGGAGGAAAUGCUAAUUCUAGAUCAAGAAUAUAUGAAUCUAGGAGAUGAGCAGAGAAAGCUUGAGCGUAAUGCAGAAAAUGUCAGCAGCGAGAUGUUUGCAGAAUGUCAGGAACUACUGCAGAUGUUUGGAUUGCCUUAUAUAAUUGCACCGAUGGAAGCAGAAGCUCAGUGUGCUUAUAUGGAACUUGCAAACCUUGUUGAUGGUGUUGUGACUGAUGACUCUGAUGUGUUUUUGUUUGGGGCAAAAAGUGUUUACAAGAAUAUAUUUGAUGAUCGAAAAUAUGUCGAGACAUACUUCAUGAAGGACAUUGAGAAGGAGCUUGGCCUGACAAGAGAAAAAUUAAUUCGGAUGGCGUUGCUUCUUGGAAGUGAUUAUACUGAAGGUGUCAGUGGGAUUGGCAUUGUCAAUGCUAUUGAGGUUGUAAAUGCAUUUCCUGCGGAUGAUGGCCUCCAUAAAUUCCGGGAAUGGAUUGAGUCACCAGAUCCCACCAUCCUUAAGAAGUUUGAUGCUGAAACAGGAUCAAGUUCGAAAAAAAGGGGACCUAAAGUUAGUGAUGGUUUGAAUUGCUCAAAAAGCAAUAUAAAUGAUGUGUCUGCAUUGGACCAAAACAUUUCCCAAGCUCAAGAGCAGAAGCAGUCUGUAAUUGACAUGCAAGACAUAAAGCAGAUUUUCAUGGAUAAGCAUAGAAAUGUGAGCAAGAACUGGCACAUUCCUUCUUCAUUUCCAAGUGAAGCAGUUAUAACAGCCUACUCUUCCCCACAAGUGGACAAGUCAACUGAGCCUUUCACAUGGGGAAAGCCAGAUCAUUUUGUUCUUCGCAAAUUGUGUUGGGAAAAGUUUGGUUGGGGUAGCCAGAAGGUAGAUGAGUUGAUAGUACCUGUUCUGAAGGAGUACGCUAAACAUGAGACUCAAUUACGGCUGGAAGCAUUUUACACUUUUAAUGAACGAUUUGCAAAAAUUCGUAGCAAGAGAAUUAAGAAAGCUGUUAAAGGAAUCACUGGAAACCAAGCCUCAGAGUUGAUGGAUGAUCCCUUGCAAGAGGUUUCUAAAAGUAGAAAGAAAAGAAGAGUAAGCCCUGCUGAACCUGGGGAUAAAAACUUUGAAAAGCCUUCAAAGAAAAUAAAGGAGAGUGAUGUUCAGAAUCAGAGGAAAUAUUCAGAAAAAUCUACACCCAAGCAGUUAAGGAAAAGGAGGAAUGGUGGGGAGUCUGUUCCAUCUAUAGAGGAGAAUCUAGAAACAACUAUGGAGGAAGAAGGCAGGCGAAAUCAGAACAGAAGAUUGCAUGGGAAAGGAAGAGGCAGAGGAAGAGGGAGAGGCAGGGGAGUAGGCCGAGGAAGGGGUAAAAGAAGUUCUGGUUUGGAAUCUUGUGAAAGCAGCGAGGAUGACAGUGGUGAUGAACAAGAAGUUCUUGUGGACAAGAUAGAAGGGCCAGAAGAAGCGAGAAGGUCAAGGCGAUUUCAGAAGCCUGUGAAUUACAGUGUGAAUGACUUGGAAGCUGAUGAUGCAGACAAGUCAUCAGACCGAAGUGAUAAAGGAUACUCUGAUGAAGAGGCAGUAGAAUUAGAUCUAUCUUCGGCCCAGGGUGUAAGUGGAGAUGCUGCUGCUGGUCAUGACGAAAAGAAACAACAUGAUUCAGGAGCUCCUGCUCUUGAGGAGCACUUGCAUAGAGACAAUGUAGAAACGGGUGGCAGGUUUUGCACUGACAAAUUUGAAAUUGGUCAACCAGAUGUGAGCCCACAUGGCGAUUCUUUUGAGGCUGAGUUUUCCAAACACUACCUCGAAAUAGGAGGUGGAUUUUGCUUGGAUGAAGAUGAGACACAGAAUGACCAAGAUGGAGCUCAUGACCCAACUAUGGCUACUGCCUCAGGAAAUGCUGAGCUAUCCCACUGCUCUGGUUUAAUGGAUGAAGCAGAUCUUGAUUGUGGUUCAGUUCAAUUUAACUUGGGCCCCAAAGGUGCCUUAAAUGAAGCCCAAGAUAGUGAGAAGACAGACGCAUAUGAUACCGAGUCCAAACUGGACCAUCUAAAUGCCUCAAGUAAUGAUAAUAAUUCCAAGGAGCAUGUGUCCCUGCAGGAUAAUGCUAAAAAUGAUACUGGGACCACCUCUGUUGGAGGUCUAAGUGCUAUGCCUUUUUUGAAAAGAAAGCGCAGGAAGAGCUAAAACCAGUAAAUUAAGGGUGUUUUUAGAUCAGUUUAUUCUCCUUUUGUUUUUAUUUAUGACGAAAAUGCACUUUUGGUCCCUACAUUUUGGGUCAUUUCUCAA